AUGGCGUCUAUGCAUCGGGUAGCCACGUGCUUUCUCCUGCUCAUUUCCCCGGCGGCUAUCCUUGGCCAAUCCUCUUCUCUUCCAGAUGUUGAACCUGCAGCUGCCUUUGUCCCAGCCGCUUCCCCAGCAGGGGCACCACUUCAGGAAGCUGAAAGACUACAAUUGACUGACGCAGUCAUCGAACGUCUCACAACCGAGAAGGGGGUUUCGGAGUAUGUCGAGUACUUCGCAUUUGACGACAGCACCGCUGCGAGUGAUGUGCGUGUACGACGUGCAGCCUCAGCAUCUUGCAAGACGUUUCCUGGUGACUCGGAGUGGCCCCAGGAAUUCGUCUGGGAGGUCUUCAACGCGCUUUUAGGUGGAGCGCUGAUUCCGACCAAACCCAUCGCUGCUCCGUGCUACGAUACGCAAUGGGGCAAGAAAGACAGUGCAAAAUGCACGGAUAUCACCAACAACUUCACAAACCCGCUGUUCCAUGAGGCGGAUCCGACGUCAAACAUGUGGCCCAUAUUUCAGGGUAGGACAUGUAUGCCAAAGAACAACACUGACGGCAAGUCAUGUAGUCUUGGUGGAUAUCCUGAGUAUGCAGUCAAAGUCACCAACGUAGCGCAGAUUCAGCUUGCCAUCAACUUCGCAAGGGCGACCAAUCUUCGCCUAGUUAUCAAAAACACCGGUCAUUGCUACCUAGGAAAGUCUACCGGUGCCGGAGCGCUGAGCUUAUGGAUGCAUAACAUGGAGCAAAUCGACUUUUUCCCUAACUACGAGGGGCCAGGCUAUACUGGACCGGCGUUGAAGCUUGGCGCUGGAGUUAGAGUCAGGCAGGUAUACGAAGCUGCGGACAAGCAUGGUGUCACUGUUCUUGGUGCCAUAUCCUGGAGCGUCGGAUAUGCUGGUGGUAUGAUCACGGGCGGAGGCCAAAAUCCUCUUGCUGGUGUUUACGGCAUGUCAGCCGAUCAUGUUGUCGCAUUCCAGAUUGUGACCGCCGCCGGCCGUUUCAUCACAGUAUCGGAGACUUCGAACCCUGACUUAUUCUGGGCACUCCGUGGUGGUGGUGGCGGGACCUUUGGCGUCGUAGUGUCGGUUAUCAUCCGGGCACAUCCCAAGAUUAACGUCGUUACUGCUGGCUGGCAAAUCGACGCUUCAAACAACAGCCUUGAAGACUUCUGGAAGGGCACCAAGAAGUUCUUUGACGUCUUCCUCGACUGGGCAGAGUCAGGCAUGUACAGCUUCUUUAUCAUGGGAAAUGAGCCCAAGCCGUUCCUCACUAUGCGGUUCCUUUUUGCAGCAAAUCAUACAGCGGAAACGUAUGAUAAGACCGUCAAACCUUUCUUCAACUACCUCGAAGAGAACAAUAUCACGCUUACGACCCCUCAUAAGCGAGUGGCUCAUAAUACCUUCUACUCUGCCUAUCAGGCAACUUGGGGUGCUAACUCAUUCCCGAUUGGCUUGGACAACACCAUGGCAGCAAAUCGCAUCGUUCCUCGGCGUAACUUCCAAGAGAAGUACAACCAAACCUUUGCCCUUAUCAAGCAACAUGUUUCUUCUGGCAAACAUCUUCUUGGCUACCACAAGACGCCCAAGGAGUACGCAAACACCAACAAUGCUGCCAACCCAGCGUGGCGCGAAUGUGCCUUAUUCUUGAUCACUUCUUCGAACAAGAAAAUGGAUCACUCUACACCAGAAGCUCUCGCUCUUGUGAACAAAGACCUCCAAGAGAAUAUCCUUCAGCCCUGGCGCGAUAUAACGCCUGUUUCAGAAGGCGGCGGUGUUUAUCUGAAUGAAGCCACCGUUGGGGAGCCGGACUGGCAAGACUCGUUCUACGGUGGGUAUUACCCGAGAUUGAGCGAGAUUAAGCAGAAGUGGGACCCAUCUGAUCUCUUUUACGCAACAACUGCUGUUGGAAGUGAGAGAUGGGUAGUCCGAGAUGGAGAACAAGGUGUUCAAACGCAGAACGGAAGGUUGUGUCGGGCUUAA